UGCGGUUAUAUCAAAAAAUACACACUGUAAGUAUUUGUAGAACGAUUAAGACUGUAAAAGAUAUACUUUAGAAUGUAAAUUUUAGAGAUUUAUCUCUAAGUAUUUAGAAAAGUUAUACGGAAUAUGAGAUACUUUUGGCGCGUUGUUUCAUCCGCUACUAUUGAUACUGACUGUGCCUCUACUACAUUUUUAGGGUUCCGUGGCCAAAUGGCAAAAAACGGAACCCUUAUAGAUUCGUCAUGUCUGUCUGUCUGUCCGUUUAUGUCACAGCCACUUUUUUCCGAAACUAUAACUAUAACACAAAACUAGAAAAAAAAACUAUAAAUUUUGGGGGUUCCCCAUACUUAGAACUGAAACUCAAAAAAUAGGUCUUCGAAAAUGAUAUUGAGGGUUCUAAUAUCAUUUUUUUCUAAACUGAAUAGUUUGCGCGAGAGACACUUCCAAAGUGGUAAAAUGUGUGAAUGGUUUGAACGAGAUCUAGUAAGUAGUUUAUUUUUAAUAGGUACGUCAUAAAAUUAAAAAAAAAAUUUUUUUUCGUCAAACCCAUACGUGUGGGGUAUCUAUGGACAGGUUUUCAAAAACGAUAUUGAGGUUUCUAAUAUCAUAUUUGUCUAAACUGAAUAAUUUGCGCGAGAGACAUUUCCAAAGUGGUAAAAUGUGUCCCCCCCCGCCCUGUAACUUCUAAAAUAACAGAAUGAUAUAACUAAAAAGAAUAUAUGAUAUACAUUACCAUGCAAACUUCCACCGAAAAUUGGUUUGAACGAGAUCUAGUAAGUAGUUUUUUUAAUACGUCAUAAAAUUAAAAAAAAACAAUUUUUUUUCGUCAAACCCAUACGUGUGGGGUAUCUAUGGACAGGUCUUCAAAAAUGAUAUUGAAGUUUCUAAUAUCAUUUUUUUCUAAACUGAAUAGUUUGCGCGAGAGACACGUCCAAAGUGGUAAAAUGUGUGUCCCUGUAACUUCUAAAAUAACAGAAUGAUAAAACUAAAAAAACUAUAUGAUAUACAUUACCAUGCAAACUUCCACCGAAAAUUAGUUUGAAUGAGAUCUACUUAGUAAGUAGUUUUUUUUAAUACGUCAUAAAUGGUACGGAACCCUUCAUGGGCUAGUCCGACUAGCACUUGGCCGCUUGUUUUUUAAAUUUUCUUUCGCGUUUAAUCUUACUGAGUGGGGUAUCGCUGCAUAUGCAUAUGCUGGUCUUUUAAAAUGAAUAGGUGUCUUUAAAACCAUUUUUUGGGGGUUCCGUACCCAAAAAGGCAACCGGGACCCUAUUCUUUUUCUCUUUAAUUUAUUCAGAAACCAAACAGUCAUAUGAACACAUUAAAAAUACACUACAAAAGAUGUACUGCAACAAAGGAACAAUGCAACAAAAAGACCUGGAGGUUCAUAGUUAUAAACUUACUACUGAGACUCCGUUGUACUUAAGGGGAAAAUCUACAGGACGAUCAUAAGACCUGUUGUAAUGUAUGGAUCAGAAUGCUGGGCGACGAGACUUUGGAAGUGUCUCUCGCGCAAACUAUUCAGUUUAGAAAAAAAUGAUAUUAGAAACCUCAAUAUAUCAUUUUUGAAGACCUAUCCAUAUAUUCCCCACACGUAUGGGUUUGAUGAAAAAAUAUUUUUUGAGUUUCAGUUCUAAGUAUGGGGAACUCCCAAAAUGUAUAGUUUUUUUUUCUAUUUUUGUGUGAAAAUCUUAAUGCGAUUUAGAGAAUAUAUCUACUUACCUAGUUUGAACAGUAUUGCUCUUAUAGUUUCGGAAAAAAGUGGCUGUGACAUAAACGGACAGACAGACGGACAUGAUGAAUUUAUAAGGGUUCCGUUUUUUGCCAUUUGGCUACGGAACCCUAAAAAGCGUUUUUUAAUUAUUGAGAAAAGCACUAUACAAAUCUCGGCGAGAAAUGGGGUUGGCGGCCGCGUAUCCCUAUUCGAUCUCGCUAUCGCUCGAUGGUCUCAUCGGAAGAUCAGCGCUGGAAGCCACCAGCAACAUGCUGAGAUGAGGCCAUAUGUUAUUUAUUUGUUUUUGUUAUAUCAUGUUAUUUAAUGUGUCUUGUUUGUGUUUACGAAUAAAAUUAUUCUAUUCUAUUCUAUCCUCGUAAUCCUCCUCUAUAGUAAUGUACUAUUACCGAUCAAAAUUAAUUACUAUUAUUAAUAUAAAAUGGUUACCAACAAAUUUAAGAGGAACGAAACUGAAUGUAAAAAAAACUUUGUUUAUACACGUGAUACGAGUAGGUACGUACUGCAUACUGUUAUGAUCAGCGCAGCACUUAUAAACAUUGAUUCGAUAAAAAAGUAGAUUUAAAUAUAACUUCUGCGUAAUCAUUUUCUACUGUCGUGUUUGUUAUCAGCUGCUGAUAAAAACUCCUGAAUCGAAGUCUUUAUAGUAAUCCGACAAUCUUGACUCAAUAUUGUGAACGUAAAUGGUGUCGAUGAAUAAUUUGAUUCAGUGCCGUCAAAAAUUGCUCAAUCCAUUGUUAUUCGCUUCUCCGAACCGCGUGUUUUUUGUUAAGUUUGAAAGCACAAAAGCGCUGGGUGUUUUGCCAGGCAGACACGGAAAGGCCGGUCGGUCGCUUCAAGGGCGUAACUAACAGCCUCCAGUGUUGGUCAGAGGCAUCCCGCCGACAGUGCUCCGGGUCACUCCAAUUUACGCCGCCGCCGCCGUCGCCGCGCCGCGCUCGCAACGCGUAGCUCCGCCCGGCAUACUCGAUUUAUAAUAUAAACAAUGCUCACGAAUACGAUCGACACCAACCACCUGUUGUGAACUUCAAUAUAUUUUUAAAGGAUUGCAUACAAAAAAUGUGGCUCUCCAUUAUGUGUUUAUUCGCAUUAAUAAGUGCAAAAUGUGUUUCAAGUGAAUUAACGGUAUUUCAUAAGUGUUGUGCGGAGAAUCAAAGCCUCGUGAAAAUUACUGAUGCAAAUGAAACCUCAAUUUUCAAGUGUGAAAGUCGUGAACUGAAUAAUUUAAAAUAUGAAAUAUCUACCUCACCAUUAAUUAUCUCUGAUGACAUAGAAGUAAUUUACGGCAUGCCUGCUGAAUGUGAAGAAGAAGAUAUAGUGGAACUUAAAACGGAGGGCAUGGUAGUGUCAACUUCCCAAAACAAUUCCUGUUAUGAUAGAAUAGUUUUAGAAGUACGAGAUGGCGAAUUAAAAAGCAAUAUUCCAAGAACAGUAGUCUUAAAAUGUAAUUUUAAUGAAACUGAAAACGCGACAGAAUCUGUGUUACAUAUUGAUCGUAUUAGAAAAUGUUGUCCAGCAAACCAUACUUAUGACACUAUCAAUAAUGUUUGUACACGCAUGAAUGAAGUUAUUGAUGAGAAAUGGUUAGUAAGAGAAAUUAAGAGCGCAGACCCUCGUAUAUUUGAAGUCGACACUGGAAUACACUGCAAAGAGACACAGUUUGCGAUAGAUUUGAUGUCCGAAGAAUUUUCUUUGCAUAUUUAUGGCAGCAGUUUGUUUGCUUUAAGAAAAACAAUGACCAAAGAACAACGAGUAGGAGAAGGAGAAUGGUGUAUGGAUCGUAGAAAAGAUAACAUUGGUUUAGUAGCUAGAGUUUGUGCCAAUGAUGCAUCGCUCUUCGGGGCAUACCCUAUCAGAAAGUGUUGUCCAGUAGGCGAGCACUAUAAGGUCCUACACUGCAAAAGUACAAAGAGCGUUUGUGUCCGUAAUACCGAUCACGAAAUAAUAUUCAAUAUGUCAAUCUAUUUGGAUCCUUUGAGAGAAGAGUAUAAAGAUUUUCCUGAUUUGUUGGGAAUUCGUACAUCAAUCAGAUGUCCGUCAUGGAAAUAUGUGACCAAUAAAGAAAAUCCGCUGGACCAGCACAGCUUGAACCUAGACGGUACUCUGCAACAAGUGAGACACAAGACGGAAGACAAUUAUUGCCUAGAGGAGUUCGAUCGACGACACUGCCACGAUGACAACCCUAUAGAGGUCGCGGCCGUGCUUUGCUUCGUAGGCGCGUCUGAAACUGAAAAAAACUUCUACUUGUCAUUUGUGCUGAAUACUAUAUCCGCGGUGUGCUUGGGUCUGACAUUUUUGGUCUACGUCUCGCUGCCAGAGCUGCGCAACCUACAUGGGCGUACCCUGAUCUGCCACAGCGGCACCAUGCUGCUGGCAUUCUCGUUCCUCGCCAGGGUACAAUACGACAAGGUGGAGGACCAUCUUUGUGUCUUGUUUGGUUACAUGAUCUACUUCGGAUUCGUGUCUGCGUUUGCUUGGCUAAACGUCAUGUGUUUGGACAUCUGGUGGACAUUUGGGAAUGUCCGCACCGUGCACCCACUGCGUAAGUCCGGAGCGGACUGUCGUCGAUUCCUAUGGUAUUCCUUAUACGCGUGGAGCUUCGCGAUCGUUCUGACGCUGACCAUGUUCCUGCUGGACAAGUAUCCUGUGGCUAAAGUCUUGGAUGCGAACAUCGGAGCGUACAUUUGCUGGUUUGGCACGCGACAAAAUUCUGACUCGGACUGGCCACACUACAUUUUUUUCGUAAUCCCUAUGGGUCUGGUGACGUGCACGAACUUCGUGCUGUGGGUGUUGACGGCGCGACACUGUGCGCGCGUCAAGUCUGAGGUGCACCGGCUGCAGGCGGGCUCCGUCGGCGAUCGCGCCAAGCGCCGUUUCCGCGUUGAUAAAGCUAAAUACAUAUUGACUGGAAAACUGUGGGUUGUGAUGGGCGCCGGCUGGUUGGUCGAGAUGCUGUCCACGAUGACCUCGAACCCGAGGUGGCUUUGGGAAAUCAUGGAUCGUAUUAAUGAGCUCCAGGGAGUCUUCAUAUUCUUUAUCCUCAUAAUGAAGCCGAAGCUCUAUUACUUGAUCAGGAAGAGAUUAGGUUGCUCACGGAUUCCGACUGAUACAAGACUGGAGAAACCCGACGCGUUGAAAAACGGCACCUCGUCCUCCGGUCGCACGUCUUCCACCUUCCUCUCACGGACCAUCAGCACUGAUGAGCGCACUAACUUGAGGACUUCACUGCCCGAAUGUGCUAAAAAAGCCUAGCUUGCGACACUUACUACGAACAUAAGUAUUUUACACAUUUGUGUUUAUAAUAGUACCCACACAGUAGAAAUCUGAAAUGUAUUUGUAUCUGGAGCCGGCACCACGGGCACCGGCGCACUUCUACCUGAUAAAUAUAAUAUUUAAAUUUUGUCAUUCUUUUGUGAGUGUAUGAGCCUAUAGGGAGCGUGCAUGUACUGUAGACGGCAAAACAAACGCCUCCCAUUCAUUGACGCGGAGACAAUAGAUGUCAAGUUUCCAUUUUAGAGAAAUAGAGUCAGCGUGAAGAAUAGGGGGCAGCGCUUGCUUAGAAGCGAGAAUUGUUUUUGCUUUCGAUUUAAGUCAUGAGAUGGCAGACCCUCCAACACGCACGGUCUCUAUUGUGUAAACUUCUGCAUUUAACUUUAAUUUUACUGAUUAAAACGAUUGAAAUAACUAGACAAAUUAUAAUCAAACCUAUAAUAUAAACAUCUUCGUUCAAUUAGAUUGGUUCAAGUAAAACGGACUAAAGACUACUUAGACUUAUUUCAUGUCUUGUGGCUUUGCAGUACGUAGGUAAUAUCAGCCGUACAAGUGCAUGGUGACUUUAUCCACACUUUGUCAAUGAAUGCAUACAUAAUUUCUUUACGCCAUUUCGCAGCUUACUGUACCUACUUUAGACGUAGGCAGGUAUCAGGUAGUUAUGUUAAAAUUAAUGUAAUGCUACUUAAACUAAUAUAAAAGAUUCACCUGGGUAUACAUUAUUAUAACAAUAAAAAUCUGAUAAGUUAAAAACUCCGUCUGACUAAUAAUUACAUUUUAGAGACAAAAUCUGCCAUUUUCAUGAUUUGUAAAUGUGUGUGGUCAACUUCAUAACUAAGAUGAAACUAAUAGGGGGUAUUAGGUACUGCAAUGUUCUGCCGCCAGAGUGCAGCACUAGCACCUAUCCUAAACCAUAGAGUAACUUAUACAUACUGUGCCUUAAACUGGGGGCCUACCGCGAAACCCGAAAUUCGCAAAUUCCGGGAAUCUUUCUCUUUUACUCUCACUAAGAAGUAAUUAAAGUGACAGAGAAAAAUGCCUGCAAUUGUCGAACUUCGAUUUUCGCAGUUAUAGCCCUGUUUUUUGACAAGUUUUCACAGAUAAUAAAAUAUGACACUGAUGCAUCAAGGUUUCUUUACAAAGGGUCUACUGCAAACUACGAUAAUCGAAAUUUAGUUAUCUGUCUCUUUAUCGCUCGAUUAUGCAAGAGUGAUAGAGAGGUAAGACAACGAAAUUUCGGUUUCUAGUUUCGCGGCAGACCCUCAGAUUGUGAUGGAUUGUAGUAGUGGCGCCCCCUACGCAGAGUUUCAAGUAAUAUUCCCUAUUAAAUCUCAUAUAUUGAAAUCCGCCAGUCGGUGUAGGUUGUAGGCCGUGCUAAAUAAUUAGACAUACUUUUAUAUGUGCGAUAGACAUAUCCUCCGGCGGUUUGAUAAAAAAUAGGUAAUAUUUUGAGCUGUAAAUAUUUAUUGAAUUGAAGCUAUUGAAUAUUUGCAAAACUGAAAUAAUAUAUUACCUACCUAAGUACAGUUCAGUAAAGGAGAGUAAAAGUAGUUAAGUCGGCCGUUUAAUAAUUAUGGGUUUUGACUAUAUUUUGCUUUACGUAUAAAAUCUAGGUAUAACUUUAGCAUUUACUCUAGUCAUAAUUUAAGUAAUUCAUAUGUAAGUGAUAAUUGUCUAGUAAGUAUGUGUAUUGAAUUAAUUGAGUGUUUAGUUUAGACAUUAAUAGGUAGUAAUUGUGUUGUUAGUUAUGCUAUUUGAUACCUACACAACAUUGAACUUAUACACAGUGCUGUAAAAUAUUGCCUUAUCACCCAUAAAAACAGUACAUAUAAUACACUGUAAAAUUAAUUAAUUUAUAAAGUGGAUCAACAAUUUCAUGUUACUAUUAUAUUCCUUCACUUUAUAAUAGCCAUUGACUUAGUUGUGUGCUAAUAGCCGUCAAUAUGAAAAUAAAAAUUAGAGGAAAGCUACAAUUUUACAUCAAUUAUAUACCUAAACGCACAAUGAAAUUAAAAAUAAUUCACAAUAAAAUUAUAAAUAAAAUAAAAUAAAAGAAUUUGUCAUAUUAUAUUCGAUAUUUUUUUUAUAGUUCUUCUGCGUUACUUAAAAUUAUUUCAAAAUUAACUGUAAACUUUACUUAAAUAAUAUUUGAAGUAAAAAAGAUAAUCAUGAAAACUGGCUUUUUUACUAACUCGCGGAAAUUCUUAUAAAAACAUAAAACCCUGCGAAAAUAUUAGUGGCGGUUAUUGCUAUCUGUUCCAAAUUUUAGCUCCGUCAAACAGUCUCUGAGAAAACUGCAUUUAACCGAUUUGCAAGACCAAAGGAUUUCAUAAGUGUUCCGUGAACAAAGAUUUGUACGCAACACUAAAAAUACAAUUGUGUGCUAUAAUUGUAAUGUUGUAUUUUGCGUAUUAUUUUUAAUCAAAUCUUUAUACCUUAACCCUUAAAAAAAACAAUGUUAUCCAGAAAAAAAAAACUUUUCUAUAAGACGAUCUUCGUCGCAAAACUGUACAAGUGGUUUAUCAUUCGGACUUUGUUGUUGAUUUUUGACCAAAUACUUGCUUUUGUCAGUUUGUUUCUAAAUGAUAGUGCUGCCCAUGACAAAACAAGUAGUUGGUCAAAAAUCAACAACAAAGUCCGAAUGAUGGACUACUAGUACACUUUCAUGCGAAGAUCGUCUUUAGAAAAGUUUAUUUUUUUUCUGGAUGACAUGGGUUUAAAUAUAAAGCUGUGAUUGAAAAUAAUAGGCAAGAUACAAAGUUACAAUUAUAAUAUACAAUUGUAGGGUUUUAUGUUACCGUGUAUUUUAAUGCCUUUUAUUACGUAGCAGUCACAUAAACUACUAUAAACCUAUGAUUUAAAAGAGUGAUCUAGGGAAAUAUGAUAUGACAAUGAGUGACGAGAAAAAGUUUAUACAUCCAGGAGAUGGCUAAGUACAAAAACUAUAUCGCACUAUUAUAUUAUAUAUUAUGUAACGUGGCUACAAUAAAGCUUUAGAUAGAAAAAAAAUGUUUUAUUUAAUAUUUAUUCAUCUUGUAAUAUUGAUUAAUUAUACCUAAACUUCAUAUUAUUUAAACUGAGUCAAAAGGUGAGAAUAUGACAUAAUUUGUGACGUUUUCAACUAAAAGGUACCAUCUUGUCGAUUGUCAAUAAGGUUGAUUUGAAAUUGAAGCUUUAUGGAAAUAACCCUAAAACUAUCCCUUUAGUUAGACUGACUAAUGAAGGAUGAACCUGCAAAAACGCGGCAAUUUCAAAUUUGUCUUUCCUUACGUAAGCAAAACGUACAAGUGUAAGUCUGAAAUUACAUACAUCUGAAGAUACAAGUGCGAAAAGUAGGCAACGAAUGGCGAUACAUUAAAAAACGACCGAAGGAGUAUUUUAAAUCGACAUACACUAGUUGCGAAUUACUUUUUCCCACGUAUAUUGUACAACCUUUUGCUGUACAUAUGGACCUUUAUAUUUUCGACCUACGCACGAAUAGUGCUAGUUACCGCACCAGGGAGGUACAGUAGCACCAUAUGUAUUAUAAAUAAUAUUAUGUACUGAAAAUAAUAUAGAUAUAGAAAUUAGUAUGAUAAAAAGAAUCAUGAUUACAAUCCUUGUAAUCAAAGAGUUGUCUGCUACAGAUUUUUUUGUAAUUGCCGCGUUUUUGCAGGUUCAUGUUUCAUUAGCCAGACUUGGCCAGACUCUAAUUUCAUGCUCCGUUAGUUUACUACCUUAUCUACCAAAAAUUAAACACAAAAACUUUUUCCAUAAAUAUAAUUCUAAUUAGUUAUUAUCACUGUAAUGUUUCCGUAAGUAACAUUUCAUAUAAUAUUUACCUACAAAAUCGAAUAAUACGCAUUAUAUAAAUAAGUACAAUAUGGUCCCAUAACAAUUUUUAAUUGGUAUUACCAUACAUUUUCUAUAUCACUAUAAUUAAAGGAGUACCUCCUACACGUGGUACAAAAUGCAUCAAAAUAAUUAUGACUUUAAUGAUUUUUUAUUUACAAGUCGGUUUUUGAAGGCAUAUCUCAAAUCAUAUUUUAAUACUUACUAAUUUCAUUACAUGUUUUAAGAGCGUGAUGAAAUAUUUCUACACUUAAACCGUACUUUGUACAUAUUCAAAUAGUAUUUCUACGUUACUAGUUCAUCUACAAUACAGUUAUGAAUACUGUGAAAAUACUUUUUCAUUGGCACCUAUGCAGACAGGCAUUUUUAAUGGUGUACCUAUGUAUACUUGAAACUAUGUAAUAAUAAAUAGGUAAUAUUUUAACUACUUAUAAUUUUUAAACAAAAUAAAUAGAUAAUUACAGUACCUAUCUACUUGAUGUUAAAAGCGAGGCUUACAUUGAACUAUCAAUUUCUUAAAUAAAUAAGUAUCUAUAUUUUGUCACAAAAAUAAAGAUAAACACACUUUUAAAUACACGUAUAGUAUGUGUGAGGUCGUAUGAUAAAUUAAAAAAUAAUUGCAAUUAAUAUCUCGAUGUUUUACAAUAUACUUAUAGUUACCUUGAGGAGUAAAAUUUACAACAUGAA